AUGCUGGCACCUCGAUCAUUUAUAUUCAGCUCGACGAAACAGUCCGCUGCUGCACUUCCUCUCUCAAAACAACCUCCAACAUCGGAUGCACAACGAGCGACUGCAGGCAAUGAACAGAAAGAAAUCCUCGCCUUAGGUUGCGAUCCCACGGAAAUUAUACCUGCAGACCCUAUAUUGGGAAAUGUGAAGGGCAGCUCCAAUCCUGUAGGGAUCCCCAUCCGCCAGGUUAGGGAUCCCAGCCAGCGAAAUCAUGGCGCCAAAGGCCGGCGAUACGAUGGCGGGGAGACGAGUGGUCCUAGAUCUAGGGACCAACAAUCACAAGGAAAGGCCUCUGCCGCUGUCACAUCACUCCUCGCGAACACUACUAUCCCGCCUCCACGGUUUAGGACACUACCUCGGCGAAACGGUCAAGCCCAAAGAUUAACUCUCGAUGCUGCGUUCAGCGAGAGGAGCGAUUCUGAAAAGGAAUACAGCCCAAUACUAGGAGGGAGUCCGCUGGACCUUCUUCUCUGCUCACCAGAUGAGCUGCCAGAUAUAGAUCCAUUGGGUAGCGAUGCUGAAUCGCCACCACAGCUAUCGUAUAUUUCUAGAGGGGCGAUUUCCACAGAUUCGGUGCCAUCUCUUACCGACAACUCCAUUGGGGGCAGUUACCUCUCUUUUGGUUCUUCAGUUUCACCCCAAUCCCGGGGGAAACGGUUCUUGCCGACUAGAAAGCUCGAACCGCUAGCUUCUACCUUGGGUGACCUGCCAUUAGAUCAUCCUUUGUCAGACCCUGACCUAGAUUCCUGGGAGAUUGAUUUUCGGGUGUUUGGGAAUGAAAAUAAAGAACGCCAGAAGCUGGGUGAGAUACCUACGCUACGCCAGAAAUCGGCCUUCAAAUCAAAUUUAACAGCGUCCCUGCGAGCAUUGAGAUCAGCGGCGAAGUCCAUCUCGAACAUGACAGCCCCUAUGAUUACACCAGAUGAUUUUCUUACUAGAUCGAUUAUUGCCAUCGACCCCAAGGUUCCCUUUACAGAUGAGCGUAUGCCGCCUCGCCUGGAUAAAAUGCCGACUCCAGCUCUUCGCCGUUACCUGAACCCCACAACCAAUGCACCCAGCGAGGCUCAUGUCCAUGCAUCACGACCGCAGACUACAUGCUCUAAAUGUACUGCCUCUAUCCAAAUGGAAACUUAUAAUAAGGUGUCAAAGGCCCCGAAGACAGAAGCCGAAACUGCCACCAGCAAGCAUUCUGGCAAUUCCUCUCCAGAAGCGUGCAACGGGCCAGGUACGCGCCAACGCGACAUGCGAGAGAACAGUGAUUUUAUCCGGGUCGCAGUCAUGGAGAUGAGAAUGAGGAAGAAUGGGAAACUAGACGAAAAUGCGCCUGGGCGAGCCAGGUGGGCUCUUCCCCCCAGGCGCGCAUCUACCGGUAUCUACGAGAUAAAUGAAGAAGGCGUUCCACUGCGCUGGGUUGGAGUCUCAGCCGGUUGA